CGAAUCGAUGGGCAGGCAGGCAGGCAGGCAGCCGUACACAAGGAGGUAGGCAGGUCGGUACACAUGUCUGCACGGUCACGUGAUACGCAGCAGAGUGAGUGAGUGAGUCGCCACGGAAACAUCCAUGCAAGCAGCUAGGUACUCCAUGCAUCCAUCCAUCCAUGCGAUGACGUUCCUCUGCACGACGACAGAGGCGACACCCCACGUACACAUGCACACACGCAUUCAGUCAGUCAGGAAGGAAGGAAGGAAGGAAGGACGCACUCAGUCAGUCAGUAACAUUGCUAUGUCAGAGUUUGGAAACCGCCUCGCGGAAUUGGCCCAGCAGCUGCUCAAGCUUCCUGAAAUGGACCAUGACAUACACACACACAGACAGCCCAGAGAAGCGUUAGGUGGCCGUGGAGCUCGUGAAGAUGCAUGCAUGGAUGCAUUUGUGUGUUCACUCGUUGCCCUCCAGCCCCCUACUUGUGUACCUACCUUUUGUGUGCGGCUUCGUCUGUGUGUCUGCCGUGCCGAGCGAACAGGUGGGGCGUGAAGGGCAUGGCAGCCAUGGGGGGCGGCACAGGGGCAGGAGCAGCAGCGGCGGCAGCAGCUGCGGCUGCAGCGGCGGGAGGGGAGUCGACGGACAUGGCGCUGCUGCCCAUGGCCCCACCAGUGCUGCCCUGUACCGACGACACACAGCAAGACAAGACGGCCACCAUACCGACAGACAAGUCGUUGUUUGUCGUGUGUGCAGCAAACAAGUUUGUUGUAGCUACCUACCAGUAGCGGCAUGGGUAGGGGAGGAGUGCUAGGCGGUGCUGGGGCGGGCGUGGGCGCGGUGUUGGCGUUGGUGGACUUGCUGCCGUUUGCCUCGCUGAUCCACUUGAGAAUCGUCCGCUCGAUGUGCUCUCUGAUCCAUCCAUCCAUCGCACACACAGACACAUGGUAGGGAGAUGAAUCGUGAUGAUUAGUGCGCUGAGUGAUUCAUUCUUUGCCGUCGCCUGUCACCCAGCCACCCACCGCCUCAGUUUGAAGUGCUCGCGAAUGACGUCUCUAAACUCGGGAAAGGCCUUGGAAUUCAUCAUGUCCAACAUCGCCCACUCUGACAACACACAACACGACACAACAUGUCCAAGGGUCCGGCCAUGCACACACAACGAAACAAUGAGUCCACAAAGGAGUGCUGCCUUGUUCCUCCUCCGUCCCUGCCUGCAGGCGUGCAAGCCUCGCUGCACUGACCGAUAGUGCCUUCCCGCACUCCCAUGCUGUAUCCCCUUGAAGCGUUCCGGCCCGCCUCAGUGUUCGCCUGACGUUCAUACCCCGGCUCUGCACACACAUGCACACAGGGGAGGGAGGGAGGGACAUGAGUAAGUCGAGUCAUGACGAUGGACGAGUGGAGUGUACCCACCCACCGUUGUAGUACGGCUCCUUGACAAGGAUCAAACUGUGAAUUGACAAGAGCACCUGUACAGAACACAGGUCGGUCCAGUGCAACCAACCAACCAACCAAUGCACAUCUAUCUCUGCCGCCUGUUGUAUGUCGCUCGGCGGUGUUGAUCCUGUCCAUUUACUUCCUUGAUCUUACUUGGUAGGCCGUCGACACAGCAGGGUCCCAGCCCUCGCCGGCACCACCGCUCCAUGUGCCCAGCAGGGACAGGCACACCUUGCCUGCACACACAGCAAACGACAGACAGACACCACACAACGGAGGAGGGAGGGAGGGAGGGAGGGAGGCGAAUGAGUGAGUGACACAAAGACUUAUGCAUAUACAUAGGAUACACACAGACCCACACACUGCCACCCCUCCUGCCUUGCCCUGCCUGCCUUGCUCCCGUCCCACCCACCCACACAUGUAUAUGUAUGUGUAUGUGUGUCUGUAUGUGUGUAGGCAUUCAUCUUGUACAUGCAUACCACAAUUGUAUAGGUUUGGGUUGGCCCGCCACUUGCCGCCACCCGUCGAGCGAAACGACACCUUCGGGGGGAUGGUGGGAUACUCCGGAGGGAAAUAAAUGUCGAACAAGAACACCCCCGAAUCGUAAGGCGUCUCUGUCGGACCAGUGAUGAGCGCUCGCCACAGCUGACGGACGCCGGAACAGACAGACAGACAGACAGACAGACAAAGACAGACAGAAACAGACAGACGGGACGCACGAUCGUCAUGAAACACGGAGGGAAUCAUGUGGUGGGAGGAUGGAUGGGCGGGGCACUUGGUCACUCACCUGCGAGGAUUGCUCAUCCGAUCGCACGAAGAUCGAGCCGUCCUUGCUCAGUACCAGCAGAGAGGGAAGCCCAGCCUGAGCGAGAGGAGAGGGAUGCGCAAGGACGUACACCGUUGCUAUGCUACUGUGGAGUGGUGCAUGCAGUGCCAGCCGGUAGGUAUGUAACCGCCCCCCCCUGGCCUCACCAGCUCUUUUGCGAUGCGAGCAGUCCGUGCCGGGGGACAUGCCUUCUCUGAUUGCUGGCAUGUCAGGUGGGCGUGGCCUGCAUGCCAGACCAGCAGCACGGACAGACCAAACAUUCCCCGCACCUCCACUGGGUCGCAUGCAUGGGUGGGUGACGUGUGUGUAUAUAUAUACCUGUGCGGACGGAAGGGGACUGGUCCAGCAUCUUGUCGGCCAGGCGGGUCUUGUAUCGCUCCCCCUCGUCAUCCUCGCCAUUCACAGCCUGACACACACGCAAGCAAGCAAUGCACAAUGAAGGAGGGCAGGGCAGCACGUGAGUGUACAGUUGGCUGCCUGGCUGGCUGGCUGGCUCACGUGUAUGCGUGUCCCGGUGGCUCCCUUGAGGUGUGCGAUGAUUGCAGGCAUCAAAGUGACCACGUCAUUGGCAAAACUCUUUGCCUCAGUGAUGUCCUCUGCAGAUGGACCACCGGCCGCAGCUGCUGCUGCUGCCAACACACACACACACACACAUACACAGAGAGACAGAGAGAGAGAGAGACCCCGUACAUCCAGCGAAAGGGUAUGCUGUGUGGCAUCUGUCGGGCGUCGCGUAGUGUGCGGCAAAGUAACGCGCCAACCAACCUGAGCUUGAUGGCUGGGGCGAGAUGCGUGAGGGGCCGCCUUGGAGGUUUGUUACGGCCUAUGUGUUUGGCGCACAUGAGGCAGAUGACGGACACCACAACGCGAUAUGUGUUGUCCCUCCGUCCCUACCUUGAUGUAGAGUUCUGCUUCCUUUUGCAGCUCGAGCAGCCUGGUGAGCGUUUGGGUGGCAGUGUCUCGGAAGCAGCCCAUCGUCGAGCCGCCGUCGGAUGCCCGCGAGUGGACGGUCUUGAGCAAAGCGAUGACCGCCUUGUAGAAGGGCAGCCGGUCUAGCAUGUUGGUGAAAGACGUCAUCAGAGUUCGCGAAAAAAAGUGACCCAGGCACGACGUGGCCAGCCUGCAGGCAGGCAGGCAGAGCGCCCAACGAAUGACUUUCAUGCACAUAGGAUAGAUACUUGAGGUCCGGGUAGCUGGCUGGAUGGCGCGUGCUCUGCCCACCAGGCGUUGGCUUGUGUCAAGAUUCGCUCUGCCUGCUGGGAUUUGUCCUGCCUGUGAGCCGAGGAGGAUGUGGGCGUGGAGGCACGAGCGUGGGCGUCAACCUCACUCAGGAUGCCAUUCAACGCCUGACGCAGGCACACACACCACACCACACCACACACAUUCAGCACACACACGGACGCGCCCAUCCCAUCCCAUCCUUGCUUCCUUGCUUCCGUGGGCGACUGGCUAGCGCGAGGGUAGGGAGUGUGGCUGUGGUGGCUGUGGUGGCCUUACAAUGACGUGAUCGCAGAUGUCUUGGUCUUGUGCUGCUUGUGCGGCCUGGGUGGCGGCUGCGUCCCAAGAAGUGGCAUUCCCCUUGUCACCACGCGAAUCGCCAGCUGAUGAAUACCCCACACCCUUGGCGAAAAAAGAUCCACCUGGGGAGGCACAGUGUCAUAGUUAACACAAGCAGACAGACAGAGAUGGAUGGAUGGACGCACAAGUGACUUAAACGGUCGACCGUCUGUCUGUGUGUGAGUCUGUCUGUCUGUCUGUCUGUCAUCCAUGGAUAUCUAUCUGAGAGCGGCCCGUUAGUGAGUGCCGUACCGUCGGUGUUCUUGGCCGAUGACGAGGGUGGCUUGCGCACCACUGCAGGGACCUCGCCGCCUUCGACAGACAACGGAAGCAAGCAAGGAACGAACCGUAUGGGCCAUCAAGCAACCGUAUGGCACGGCAUGGCCUGGCCUGGCUGCUUGUGUGUAUGGUCCGUCACUGUAGGGCGAAUGAGUGAAUGAGUUGCCUGCGUACCUUGGAGGGCCGAGAGUGCCUUUUUGACGCAUGGCCCUGUGUCUUGAAUCUUGGCCGACAGCGUGAGGGUGUGGCUGGUGCUGGGUGCCAGGUCACACAGCAACGCUAUCUGGGCCAGGUGACGCUCACUGAUCGAUCGAUCAGUCAACCAAAGCACACACAUGCGAUGCGUCCAUCCAUCCAUCCAGCAAUGAAUACUCUUAAGACAAGGAAAGGCUUGCUGUGAUGUGGUGGGCCAGCCCAGCCCACGUGCACGUGUGUAUGUGUAUGAGUGCGUACAUGGGGUGGUAGGCGGCAUCCAAGUUGUCGUGCGCCGAGAAGUCUACCGCGGCAUAUGACUGGAUGAACCGGAGGAAGAACUCUGACACACGCAGGCAGGCAGGCAGGCAAUGCAGGCGAUUCAAAGCAAUGCGAUGGAUCGAGAGGUGUACGUGUGAAUGUCUCUCACGCACGUACCGAUGAUCUCAGAGGCUUGAACUGUCGGGUUCCAGCCCCUGACAUGAUGAUAGACAGACAGACAGACAGGGGGCGGGGCGCAGGAAGGAAGGGAGGACUCCUGGUGCAGGUCGGUUGACCUGACCCAUUCAUGCAUGUGUGCCAUUGAGGGUAGGCAGGUACCUGAGGGUGAUAAGGGGAUGGCAGGUGAGCGAGUCGAACAUGGACACGUUGGGAGACACCCGAGGGUCGCUGACAUACACACCCACACAUCAAUCAUGCGUGCCAUUGUCUGUGUGUGCGCUUCGGAGCGUCCGUGAGUGCGUACAUGAAUCGCAGUCGUGGCCGGACGUAUAUCAGCUGAGGUGGAUAGAAGGGGUGCAGGUCGUCCUGACACACGGCACGACACCACAUCCCAGCACACACGUCUGUGGCUGUCGUGCCGUGUUGUCUCAAGGGAGCGUGCGUGUGAUGUGGGUGAGGUGACCUUGAAGUGGAGUUCGAAUAUGAUAGCCCCGUCGAAGCCCUGGUCAGACAGGGUCUUCAGGUCUUGAGAGAUAGUCGACUCCGCCGCGAAGGCCUCGCGAGGCAGGACCACACGCCAGUUGUACACACUGCACACACACACACACACACACAGACAGACAGACAGACAGAUAAACGGAAUCAAUUGCAACCCAGGCUGACUCAGAGUCAAAGCCCACAUUAUUGAUGCAGCCCCUCCGUACCUGUCUUCGAUUGCAUCAGCGUUCCAUCGGAGGCUCUGCUCCUGGAUUCGGAGAAGCUCAUUGGAAAGGAUCUGAAAGGCCUCCUGGGAGGUAAAAAUCUGGCGCUUCGCAAACUGGUCGAUAUUGUGCUUCUGCAGGCAGCGGCCGCGCACACACAUACACAUACAUAGGCGGGUCGGUGAAAGGCAUGUGUAGCUGAGAGGUGCGUCAGUAUCAGUCAUGUCACGUGUGCGUCCGUCCCACCGACCGACCUGUUUCUUUGACAUUCUGAAUUCCUCGGCCUGUUUCCAUUUGAUCUUCUUGUGGUACUUCUGCUCCGUCUUGGCAACCUCCCCCUCUUCCUCCAAGUCGUAACCCUGCUGGUCGUCAUACUCUACAUGGCAUGGAUGGCACAGUCCGGUAGGUGAACACAAGCAGGUCAGACAGAACACUUGUGCGUGUACCCACCCCCUGCCUGUCCUGCGUUCUGUCCUGUCCUUCCCGCGCUUGCUUGGUUCCUUCCUUGGCUGCUUACCGUCGUCAUAGGCAAUAUCUUCGUCGUCGUGCUGCUCGUCGGCGUCCCUCAUCUCCUCGUCCACACAGGUACCGCCACGACCCGCUGGCUGAGGAGAAGAAGAAGGCAGGUUGCCAUCGCCUUCAAGCAAGUCCUGUCGGACACAGAAAGAAACACACGUAUGUACGGAGAAUGCAACCGUACAUUACGUACGGCCAACCCAUGACAUGCAGCCAGGCAAUGUGUGUCAUGGAUAGGUGGACAGUGCGUGUCUAGUUAGGUGAAUCGAUAAAUCAGGAAGGAGAAUGCGUGGUGGCUACCUGGAUGACAGUUCCGACGGCAGGAGGGAACCCCGCCGUCAUCAGCUUGUCCGCCAUGAUUCGAAGGACGGCGCAAAGGCUGCAUGAGUCACUCUUACACGACACACACGCACACGCGCAAAGUGAAGAGGGACAAAGACGUGCAUCGCGCGCAGGUCCAGAGUGAGAGCUUGCUGUUAGUCGUACCUUUUGGAGUGUUUCAUUGACUUGCUCGAUGAAUGCGUCGUUACCGUCGCUAUCAGACAUGACCCAGCACUCACCAGAAGGAUAAAUCUCUAUGUCCCUGUUGGUCGGAAAGACAGAGGGCACACACAUGAAAACGUCGACACUGCGUGUGUGUGAGCGUGAGUGUGUGCGUGCUUACCCCCAGUGCAGCGAGAAGCGCUGGUUGAAUACGCGGACGCUGACUGAGUCGUCAACCACCUCGUCGCCCAAUUUGAAGAGGCCCUUCUCAAUGGCGUCAUGAUGCCGACUCGCGAGGGACGAAUUCAGCGCCAGCAGCGCCUUCUUGAGCUUCGAGCUCAUCUAGCUAUGGACGGCGCGGAGAGCGCUGUCGACAACCAGUGGUGCACACCCACACAGGAAGAUAAUUACUCGAUGUUCAGAGAUCGCUU